GUACUAUUGGGAGACAUAUCCCCUCACCGGUGGCCUUGUAUUCCUUAUGACUAUCACAAGUUGGCAAUCUCCUGUUGGAGGACAGACCCAAAAGACAGGCCAUCUGCCGAGGAAAUCUUGAACAAGCUCAGGAGGUUAAGGGAUGAGCGAGCAGUAGCAAAUGAAGACAUUUCAGAUCCUCCUCAUCUAAGUGAGCGUCAAAAGGAAAGAGGUCAUGAACCAGAGAGGGGCAUUUCUCCGUUCAUAAGAAAACUUAAAGAGGAAAGCCUAGAGAAAAAAGAGAAUAUCCGGAAAACUGUUAUCGAGAUGAGACGCCAAAGUAUGUCGAAUCCUCAAUGUCGUGUAGAAAAACGCACCUCUACAUUGUGCCUGGAAGACCUAAAAUCAUUCAAUGAUACUCUUGUCAAGAAAACAGGAGAAUACCUAUGCAUUGAAGAGCAAGUCUCUGUGGAAUUCUGCGAGAAAAUUCUCCCCACUAUGAGCCCUGACUUCUGUGAGAAAAUGGGGAUCAUUGCUGAAACUCUCUCACGUGAAAAGAAGAACAUGACUGGACAAAGAAUAGCAAAUGUUUUAACAUACAAAUACCCAAAAGCCCUUAAUAUUCUGGAAUUACUGAAGGGCAAUGUUUCAAACCAUUCCUGUGCUCAAAUGCUUCUAGCCGUGGCCCAGCUUGUUCAGAAAAUGCAUGCAAAGAGAUGGCUGAUGGUUGCCCUGACGGCUAAGAACAUUUAUAUUCAACAACAGGAAAACCAAUAUAGGGCAUUUCUUAUCAAAUUAGGCACAAUGGUACGCCUACCUGAAGCACCCGAUAUAAAUCAAGGAAGUAUCCGUGUCUCCCACAGAUUUGAGGACAUUAUAUUUUGGAUCCCGAGGGAGGUGAUAGCUUUUGGAGAACUAUCUGCAGGAAGUGAUGUGUACACAAUAGCGAUGUUGUUUUAUCAAGUUUACAUGGCAUUCUCCGGGCAUGACGAACUUCAAACUGUUCCCUUUGGCAGAAAUUAUAAAUCUCAGAUACUUGGUGUGCUUAAUGAAGGACAGAAACCAGAAAAGCCAGAGAAGUGCCCCGGUUGGCUGUAUGAUGACGUCAUGAUUCCUUGUUGGCAUAGCGAUAGAUCGUGCAGACCAUCAAUUUGUGACAUAGUGGGAAUCAUGUCAGAGAGGAUAAGUGAGAACCAAAGCAUCAGAACUUCAAGUUUAAAAACAGACAAAAGACCAGUAGAAAAUCAAAAUGAUACAUCUCCAGAAAGCAUUGCUAAGGAACAGAAUCUUGAUGGUGGAUAUUUGGAUGCUGGAGACAUUGAUAAACAACAACGCUUAGGAUAUGACAUGUUAGGUCAGACCACAGAAAACCAGUAUGAUGAUAUUAUGAAUAUCAAUUCCUCCAGUAGAAACUUUGAAAGUUCUACCCAAUCAUUUACUCUAAACGACAAAGAAAUGGCACAAUUUGGCAUGACUGGGCACCCUUCAGAGUCUUCUGUGUCAUCAUCAUCAUCUUUUGUGUCCCCAACUACAAUCACAACCUUGGGAUUUCCUAAUGUUCGAAUCACAGACCCAAGACCCUUCAUUGAUAAGUCUCGGGCAUUUGGAGUUAUGAACACGGAUCCUGAAUCUAACAAUACAAAAAUCAAUCCGCUUCUUAAUAGUGUUCUAAGUAGUGAUGGAUUCUCAGCAAGCUUAUCCACAAACACAGAUAAAGAAGAAUUAGAGACAGGAGUUCUGAGUAGCAUAGUGCUGACAGAUACUAACUCUGACUCAGUGAAUAAAUCAUCAGAUUUUACGAGCUCACAGAGCACUCGGACGUGGUACAACGCAGGAGCACCCAGCCAGCCACCAGCCAACCAGCCAGCCAGCCAGCCAGCCACAGAUGAAGAGGAAGGAGCCCAUUGCCCAGCUUUGAUCCCAACAGCAGUCAAGCAGAGAAGAGGAGGGCCUGUACCUUAA